AUGGGCAAAUUGACCUCCACGAUCGGUAUCCCGAUCAAGCUUCUUAACGAAGCCCAGGGCCACGUCGUCACCCUGGAAAUCACCUCCGGAGUCGUGUAUCGAGGAAAACUUCUCGAGGCCGAGGAUAACAUGAACGUUCAGCUGAAGGAUAUCACGGUCACUGCUCGGGAUGGUCGCGUGUCGCAUUUGGAUCAGGUUUAUAUUCGCGGAAGCCACGUGAGGUUCUUCAUUGUUCCGGAUAUGUUGCGGAACGCCCCCAUGUUCCGCUCAAGAGGCCAGCGCGGCCGCGGUGUCGGUCUUGCUCGUGGUAAGGCCACCGUGCAGCGUGCCCGGGGCCAACGGAGGGGUUAA